GGAAGGCGGGGCGCAGCGGGUAGGCAAUGACCUUGACCCCCGCCAACUACUCGGAUCUGCGGAGGGGAGCCUGGAGGUCCAAGUGGGGGUGUCCACCACCCCCCGGUCCCUGGGGUUUGAGAAGCUGCAGGUUUCGAGGCUUCGUGGGCGUGCAGGGGUCGCCGAGCCACGCCGCGCUGUUUCUUCUCCCAGGAGCCGCGAUGACCGAGCGCGCCCCCGUGUGGCGGAGCCUGCCCGGGCCCCGGCUGCUGCUCUGGCUGCUGCUCCAGCCGCCCCCCGCGCUCGCCGCCGUCUUCUCCGUCGGGGUGCUGGGCCCCUGGGCCUGCGACCCCAUCUUCGCCCGCGCCCGCCCGGACCUGGCCGCCCGCCUGGCCGCCGCCCGCCUGAACCGCGACCCCGCGCUGGCGGGCGGCCCCAGGUUCGAGGUGGCGCUGCUGCCCGAGCCGUGCCGGUCGCCGGGCUCGCUGGGGGCGGUGUCGUCCGCGCUGGGCCGCGUGUCGGCCCUCGUGGGCCCCGUGAACCCCGCCGCCUGCCGGCCGGCCGAGCUCCUGGCGCAGGAGGCGGGGGUCACGCUGGUGCCCUGGGGCUGCCCGGGGACGCAGGCGGCGGGCACCACGGCCCCCGCCGUCACGCCCGCGGCCGACGCCCUGUACGCCCUGCUGCGCGCCUUCCGCUGGGCGCGCGUGGCCCUGGUCACCGCCCCGCAGGACCUGUGGGUGGAGGCGGGCCGGGCCCUGGCCGCGGCGCUCAGGGCGCGGGGCCUGCCGGUCGCCCUCGUGACGCCCAUGGAGCCCGCAGACCUGUCCGGAGCGCGCGAGGCGCUGAGGCGGGUCCGCGACGGGCCCAGCGUGCGAGCGGUGAUCAUGGUGAUGCACUCGGUGCUGCUGGGCGGCGAGGAGCAGCGCAGCCUGCUAGAGGCCGCGGCGGAGCUCGGCCUGGCUGAUGGCUCCCUGGUCUUCCUGCCCUUCGACACGCUCCACUACGCCUUGUCCCCGGGCCCAGAGGCCUUGGCCGCGCUGGCCAACAGCUCCCGGCUGCGCCGAGCGCACGAUGCGGUGCUCACCCUCACGCGCCGCUGCGCCCCGGGAGGCAGCGUGCUGGGCAGCCUCCGCACGGCCCAAGAGCACCAGGAGCUGCCCCCUGACCUCAACCUGCAGCAGGUAUCCCCACUCUUUGGAACCAUCUACGACUCUGUCUUCUUGCUGGCGGGCGGUGUAGCAGGAGCAUGGGUAGCUGCAGGUGGCGGAUGGGUGUCAGGAGCUGCUGUGGCCCGCCAUGCUCGAGCCACCCAGGUGCUAGGCUUCUGCGGGGCCCUUGGAGGAGGCGAGGAGCCCCCGUUUGUGCUGUUGGACACAGAUGCAGAUGGGGACCGACUGUUGGCCACAUACACACUAGACCCCACCCGGGGCUCCCUCCGCUCUGCUGGAAACAGGGUGCAUUUCCCUAGAGGGGGUCAGGGGCCUGGAUCUGACCCGUCAUGCUGGUUUGACCCAGACAUCAUCUGCAACGGAGGAGUAGAGCCAGGCCUGGUCUUCAUCAGCUUCCUCUUGGUGGUUGGGAUGGGGCUGACGGGAGCUUUCCUGGCCCAUUACGUGAGAUACCGGCUACUUCACAUCCAAAUGGUCUCUGGCCCCAACAAGAUCAUCCUGACUCUAGAUGACAUCACCUUCCUCCAUCCGCGAGGGGGCAGCUCACGAAAGAUGGCCCAGGGGAGUCGGUCGAGUCUGACUGCCUGCAGCACAUCAGACAUUCGCAGUGGCCCCAGCCAGGCCCCAGAAGGCUCCAACAUUGGCCUCUAUGAGGGAGAUUGGGUUUGGCUGAAGAAAUUCCCAGGAGAUCGACACAUAGCUAUCCGCCCAGCAACCAAAACAGCCUUCUCCAAGCUCCGGGAGCUGCGGCAUGACAACGUGGCCCUCUACCUGGGGCUCUUCUUGGCAGGGCCAGCAGACAGCGCGGUGGCCCUUGGAGAAGGCAUGCUGGCUGUGGUCUCAGAGCACUAUGCCAGGGGCUCCCUCCACGACCUCCUUGCCCAGAGAGACAUAAAACUCGACUGGAUGUUCAAGUCCUCCCUUCUGCUGGACCUCAUCAAGGGGAUGAGGUAUCUGCACCAUCGAGGUGUGGCCCACGGGCGGCUGAAGUCUCGAAACUGCGUGGUCGACGGGAGGUUCGUGCUUAAAGUCACAGACCACGGUCACGGUCAACUGCUGGAAGCGCAAAGGGUGCUACCAGCGCCUCCUUGCGCGGAGGACCAGCUCUGGACAGCUCCAGAGCUGCUCCGCGACCCGGUCCUGGAGCGCCGCGGAACACUGGCGGGCGAUGUCUUCAGCCUGGGCAUCAUCAUGCAGGAGGUCGUGUGCCGCAGUGCCCCCUACGCAAUGCUGGAGCUGACGCCGGAGGAAGUGGUGCAGAGGGUACAAAGCCCCCCUCCACUGUGCCGACCCUUGGUGUCCAUGGACCAGGCGCCCAUAGAGUGCAUCCAGCUGAUGAAACAGUGUUGGGCUGAGCAGCCAGACCUUCGUCCCUCCAUGGACCGCACCUUCGACCUGUUCAAGAGCAUCAACAAAGGCCGCAAAACCAACAUCAUCGACUCAAUGCUGCGGAUGUUAGAACAGUACUCCAGUAACCUGGAAGAUCUCAUUCGGGAGCGCACAGAGGAGCUGGAGCUGGAGAAGCAGAAGACAGACCGGCUGCUCACACAGAUGCUGCCUGUAUCUGUGGCUGAGGCUUUGAAGAUGGGGACUCCAGUGGAGCCGGAGUACUUUGAGGAGGUGACACUGUACUUCAGUGACAUCGUAGGCUUCACCACCAUCUCAGCCAUGAGUGAGCCCAUCGAAGUGGUGGAUCUGCUUAAUGACCUCUACACACUCUUUGAUGCCAUCAUUGGCUCCCAUGAUGUCUACAAGGUGGAGACAAUCGGGGACGCCUACAUGGUGGCCUCCGGGCUGCCCCAGCGGAACGGGCAGCGGCACGCGGCAGAGAUCGCCAACAUGUCCCUGGACAUCCUCAGCGCGGUGGGCUCCUUCCGCAUGCGCCACAUGCCCGAGGUGCCAGUGCGCAUCCGCAUCGGCCUGCACUCGGGCCCAUGCGUGGCAGGUGUGGUGGGCCUCACUAUGCCGCGGUACUGCCUUUUUGGGGAUACGGUCAACACUGCCUCUCGUAUGGAGUCCACUGGGCUGCCCUACCGCAUCCACGUAAACAUGAGUACCGUGCAGAUUCUCCGCGCUCUGGAUGAGGGCUUCCAAGUAGAGGUGCGAGGCCGAACGGAGCUGAAGGGCAAGGGUGCUGAAGAGACAUACUGGCUGGUGGGCCGAAGAGGUUUCAACAAACCCAUCCCCAAGCCACCUGACCUGCAACCUGGGGCCAGCAACCACGGCAUCAGCUUGCAGGAGAUCCCCCCAGAUCGGCGCCUGAAGCUGGAGAAGGCCAGGCCAGGCCAGUUCUCUGGAAAGUGACAACGUGCAGGAUGAUUCCAGAAUGCCAUUUUCCUGAAAGUUGCUGCUACAGCAAGUCUGGCUAAGACCAGUGGCUUCUGUCCAGCUCUGCCUCAGAGGAUUCUGGCACCUUACAAGAGCUGGAUGCAAACCAGCCGUGUGACUUUGGGAGAAUCUCCCACAUUU